AUGCAUCUCAACAAACAACAAAUCGCAGCGCUCGCGAUAGCGCUCUUCUCUUCGAGAGCUCUCUCGUCUGGUGUCGGAGCAGUCCCGGUCCCCAAAGAAGUCAGUUCCAGGGACGUUUCCACUGCGGGCAGCGUCGCCGGAGAUGUGGAUGGCAUACACAACAAUGUCGAAAGUAUACUCAGACGGGACCCCGAGCCGAAGAUUAGAUUCGGCGAUGUGGCCAAUGGUGCUAGUGCUGCUAACAAUGCUGUCAGCUCUGCGGGGGGUAUUGCGGAGACGGUCCAUGGAUGGUGGGAUGAGUUAAAAUCUCACCUCAAACGUGACCCUGAGCCGAAAGUUGGUCUUGGAGAUGUGGCCAGCGGUGCUAGUGCUGCUAACAAUGCUGUCAGCUCUGCCGACGGUAUCGAGCAGACGGUCGAGGGAUGGUGGGAUGAGGCUAAGUCUCACCUCAAACGUGACCCUGAGCCGAAAGUUAGUCUUGGAGAUGUGGCCAACGGUGCUAGUGCUGCUAACAAUGCUGUCAGCUCUGCCGAUGGUAUCGAGCAGACGGUCGAGGGAUGGUGGGAUGAUGCUAAGUCUCACCUCAAGCGUAACCCAGAGGCCAAGUUCGGUCUGGAUGAAAUCGACGGGGAUAUCACUAAGGGUAUAGAUGGCAUCAAGAAUUUUUUUGACAACAACAAUCAGGACCAGAACCAGCAGCAGCAGCAGCAGCAAAAGCGUGAACCAGAACCCAAGUUUGGCCUCGAGGAAAUCGCCAACCUCGGUGAGGAUGCCAUUAACGGUGUCGAGGGCAUGUUUGGCCACAAGAGCCAGCAACAACAGCAGAGCCAAGAACAGACCAAGCGUGACCAUGUCACAGGUGGCGCAGACGGCAUCGCACAGCUCGGCGAAAACGAAAUGGACACUUCCACAACCGAAACUCAGCCCAGCAAACGUGAGCCCAAGGGCGCUUUGGAUACAGCGAACAAAGCAGCUGGCGGUCUCGACGCAGCGAACAGCGUCGUGAAUGGCAUUGAAGAGGCUAAGGAAAAGAUCGAGAGCUGGUUUUAG